AUCAAUAAAUCUCUCUCUCUAAAAAUUGCAGCACUCAUUUCUAGAGAGAGAGAGAGUACUGCUACUCUCCUCUGCUUUUUGCAGAGAAAGGGGGAGAGAGAGAGAGUUCUUCCGUGACACCUCUCUUUCCUCAACAUCUUUUUGAUUUCCCUCGACAUCUUUUUCCUAGAGAGAGAGGGUCUUCUUAUAUUCUUCUCUAAUUCAGAGAGAGAGAGAGAGAGAUAUCUGUGAAAGCAUUUUGGGGCAGUCAUGGAUCUGCUACCUGCGGAGAUUGCUUCAAUCACACGCCGGCAUGGUUUCAGGUCUCUGAAACUAUUGAACGUGCAUAUGGAUGAAGCUCUAUCAGAGGAGCCUUAUGGGGUUGAGUAUGGGAGCCUCGACAAUGGCCUCCAUUACUAUGUUCGCGUUAACUCGAAGCCUCGCAUGAGGGCAGCUCUCGCACUUGGAGUCAAAGUAGGUUCAGUCUUGGAAGUGGAAGAGGAACGUGGGGUCGCUCACAUAGUUGAACAUCUGGCUUUCAGUGCAACUAAGAAGUAUACGAAUCAUGACAUUGUCAAGUUCUUGGAGAGCAUUGGGGCAGAGUUUGGUGCUUGUCAGAAUGCUUCCACAUCAGCUGAUGAAACUAUAUAUGAGUUGCUUGUUCCUGUUGACAAGCCUGAGCUGUUAUCUCAGGCAAUUUCAGUUUUGGCUGAGUUUAGCUCUGAGGUUCGAGUGUCUGCAAGUGAUCUUGAAAAGGAAAGAGGUGCUGUUCUGGAAGAGUAUAGAGGAGGCCGGAAUGCCGCAGGUCGGAUGCAGGAAGCUCACUGGGUUUUGAUGAUGGAAGGAUCAAGGUACGCUGAUCGCCAACCAAUUGGACUGGAAAAGGUGAUCAGAACAGUUUCCCCUGAAACAGUUAAAGGGUUUUAUGACAAGUGGUAUCAUCUACACAAUAUGGCAGUGGUUGCUGUUGGGGAUUUUCCAGAUACUAAGAGUGUGGUGGAAUUAAUCAGAACACAUUUUGGUCAGAAAGUUUCAGCAUCCAUUGAACCUCCUGUUAUACCAGUUUUCCCUGUUCCAUCCCACGAGGAACCUCGUUUUUCAUGUUUUGUUGAAUCCGAAGCUGGUGGGUCCGCAGUGAUGAUCAGCUGUAAGAUUCCUGUAUUUGAGAUGAAAACUGUGAAGGACUAUAGGGAUUCACUAGCAGAAGCCAUGUUCCACUGCGCCUUGAGCCAGAGGCUUUUCAAAAUUGCUCGAAGAAAAGACCCACCAUUCUUUUCAUGCGGCUCUGCUGCUGAUGUUCUUAUCCGCCCUGUGAAGGCUUGUAUAGUGACUUCAACUUGCAAAGAGGGGGGCAUUAUUGAGGCCCUGGAGUCGAUGCUCUUAGAGGUUGCAAGGGUGAGGCUUCAUGGAUUUUCAGAACGUGAAAUUUCUGUUGUACGUGCAUUGAUGAUGUCUGAGAUUGAAUCUGCAUACUUGGAGCGUGAUCAGAUGCAGUCCACAAGCUUGCGUGAUGAGUAUUUACAACAUUUCUUCCGGAAGGAACCUGUGGUUGGAAUCGAGUAUGAAGCACAGCUGCAGAAGACUAUCUUACCCCUUAGCUUAGUGCAAGAGCUGGAAAGGAAUUUUAAUGAGCUAAAUGGGUUCACCUCUGUGUUCUGCCCUUCUAGCGAGGGAAUCACUGCAUUUGAUAUUUCUGCGAAAGAGGUUUCUAGUUUCGCUGAGAACUUCCGCUCAACAUGCAGCUGUGUCAUUAAGAUUGUGGAACCUCGUGCACGUUCUACAAUAGAAGAUCUGAAGGCUGCUGUUUCCAAGAUCAGUUCUAUGGAAGAAUGUGGAGCCAUUCCAGAUUGGGAUGAUGAGCAUAUCCCUGAAGAAAUUGUCAGUGUAAAACCUGAUCCGGGGGAUAUAGUGCAGCAGACGUCGUUUCCUAAUGUUGGUGUCACUGAGUUAGUAAUGUCUAAUGGCAUGCGUGUGUGCUAUAAGUGCACUGACUUCCUUGAUGAUCAGGUUCUUUUUACUGGGUUCUCAUAUGGUGGUUUAUCAGAGCUUUCGGAGAGUGAAUAUCUUUCAUGCUCAAUGGGAUCAACUAUUGCUGGUGAAAUAGGCGUAUUUGGUUAUAAGCCAUCUAUUCUUAUGGAUAUGCUGGCUGGAAAGAGAGCUGAAGUUGGUACAAAAGUUGGGGCAUACUUGAGGACCUUUUCAGGGGAUUGUUCGCCGUCGGACCUGGAAACUGCCUUGCAGCUUGUGUAUCAAUUAUUCACGACGAAUGUGGUACCAGGAGAUGAAGAGGUUAAAAUAGUUAUGCAAAUGACAGAAGAAGCAAUCCUUGCCCAAGAAAGGGACCCAUUUACUGCAUUCGCGAACCGUGUACGGGAACUGAACUAUGGGAACUCUUAUUUUUUUAAGCCUAUUCGAGUUCCUGACCUUAGAAAGGUGGAUCCUAUCCGAGCCUGUGAAUACUUCAAUAACUGUUUUAAAGAUCCUUCUACAUUUACCGUUGUUAUUGUUGGAAAUAUUGACCCAGCCAUUGCCCUUCCGCUAAUUUUGCAAUUCUUGGGUGGAAUACCGAAGCCCGCUGAACCCGUUUUACAUUGCAAUCGUGAUGACUUGAAGGGUUUACCAUUCACAUUUCCUGAAACCAUUGUGAGGGAAGUUGUACGCAGCCCAAUGGUUGAGGCACAAUGCUCAGUCCAGCUGACCUUUCCAGUGGAGCUCAAGAAUGUACAGAUGAUGGAAGAGAUUCACUUUGUUGGGUUUGUGAGCAAACUUCUGGAGACCAAAAUCAUGCAGGUUCUACGCUUUAAGCAUGGGCAGAUAUACUCUGUCAGUGUUUCUGUCUUCCUAGGUGGUAAUAAACCUUCGAGGACUGGGAAUGUUCGUGGUGAUAUUGCUGUAAACUUUUCAUGUGAUCCAGAUAGCUCAUGGAAACUGGUGGACAUUUCCUUGGAUGAAAUAUUGUGCCUUCAAGAGAAGGGACCUUCACAGGAAGAUGUGUCAACAAUCCUUGAAAUUGAGCAACGGGCCCAUGAAAAUGGAUUGCAGGAGAACCAUUACUGGCUAGAUAGGAUUCUACGCAGUUACCAAUCACGUGUGUAUUCUUGUGAUCUUGGUGCUUCAUUUGAGGCACAAGAUGAAGGGCGAAGCAAAGUUAGAGAAUGUUUAAAUCCAUCUACAGCACAGUUGGCAUCACAAAGAAUAUUACCUUUCCCAUGCACUAGUCAGUAUAGUGUGGUUGUUCUUAUGCCCCAAUCAUCUCGCAUAAGGUUUCUCAAGUCAUUGCUUCAGUCUGCUCAAAACAGAACUGGAACAGAAGCAAAGAUAUUAACUGGUAUUGGUGGUGCAAUAGUUGUGGCAGUCACAUUAUGGAGAUAUUUUCGGAGUAGUUUAAAGUCUUGAGAUAAGAUUCGUACUGGAUCUUGAUUCAGUUGGUCUCCUUUUCUAGUAGAGAGGUUCACCAGUUUGUGCAGGAAGUUUUAUUGUCCUUCAGAAAUCAGAAGCAAAAAUGAAGAACCAAAGAAAGCCAGGAAUUAAUUACUCACCACUUCUGCAAGCAUUUGAUACUCAUAAGAAGCGUUUUUCCUUCUAUUCUUGUUAUAUGCUUUUUUUUUUUCUUGACUUAUAUAGGACUUAAAUCUUUUUGUUUUUUUGGGCAUUCAGGGUGCUAUUCAAGGCUCCCCUUGUAAUAUUCUGACAUAAAAUGUAGGACUUUAUAGUAGCUAUGCUGCAGGAUUAUUUUUCUUGUUUAAGUUUGGACCAACCGGUCAUUGAGAGCACUUAUGCAUUUUAUUUGUUUGUGAA